AUGUCUGUGCGAGGAGGAGUUCGUAUCAGUACUCCUCAGCCUUCAAGUGGCAGCCAUUACCCGCCACUACAGGAGGAAGAAGACCCACAGAUGGGAGGUCCAUCAAGCCCCAUUCCAGAAAUCAACUCAGUACCUGCGGCACCACCGUUGGGUUUCGAUAACCCAAUCCCUGCAUACGCUGGCUCAGCGGCGUAUAAUCCUUUUGAGCAGCCGGCGCAUACCCACUACAACUACAACUACGCUAGUGUGGAUCCAUAUCAGGAAGCAUGGGAUUACAACGCUAGUCACCCAAAGGGGCCUUAUGGUGGUCUAUGGACCACUGGCUACCCGACUUAUGGGUACCAGCAUCCGCCGCCUCCUCCACCUGUGUAUCAGCCGCCGCAGCCACAGAUAAUUCCUCCAGAGCGCCAGCAGGAAGUCCUUGAGAGAUUAGACCAUUGUGAACGGGAGAUUCAGACUGAGCGCAGACACAACAGAUGA